CAAACAUAUGUAUAACUUAGCUUAAGCUGUUAUAAGUGAACUCUUAACAUUUGACUAAGACCCUUUGGCCGGUGGAAAUUUAGAAUUUGACAGUUUUAACACUAAGCGCACUCUAGCCCUAUUCUAACCACGGUGUAAGUAACAUUUUCCUGAAUGUAUCCAGUGAUUCAAAGAGUUCUUUCCCUUUAUCUGUCCUGCAGAGUUGUUCAGUCGGUGAUGGACGUUCUGUGCGAUUUCAUCCAAUGAUUCAUGACGAACUUUUAACAAUGCUUCCACUUUUGAAAAUAUAAUUUGAUAAACUACCAGCAGCAAGUAUCGGUCAAGAUUAAGUUUGUAUGUCUAUAUUUAUAAGUGUCAGCGUAUCAACUGAAAUCUGUCUACGUACGUUCUUCUCCGAUGGAUAGCGACAAAACUGAAGUAUUCAAGAUCAAGCUUCUGAAUCGUCUGUAUGGGUCAGCACAUGACUCGGGUUCAGGCAGCUCUGGAGCAGAAUGUCCCGAGGGGAUAGCCAGCAGCACCAGGGUGAAACCUAUACCUGUCGGAGAGCGGACCAGGAGACUGUACACGGCCCCGCUGCCAGAGGUCUGGCCCCCGUUGAGGGCCCCCGCCGAGUGCCCGGAUGAUCCACAAGUAGAUGAAGGUCUGACAAGGAGUUCCUGUUCUUCAUCUGAAGUGCGCUGUUUUCAGCUUCAGAUGACGAUGACUGCAACUUUCAGAAAAGAAAAAGAAGACAACGACAUAAACGAAGUAGAAACUAUUCACCAGUGUCACAAGGAAGUGAAAACCGUGCAGACGUUAAGAGAAACGCACCCACAGACUUAACCAAAAAUCAGAAAAGAAAAUUAAAAAAGAAAAGAAGGAAAGAAAAAAUCAAACAAAAUGAGUCCACUUGCAGCAAAAAUACAGAAUUUGUAUACGUAGGUCCAAGUAAGGAAACAAAUCGGUCUGUCGUGGAUGCCCUUUGAAUUCAGGUCAUAUUCAAAGACUGGGUGUAACAAAUCCAUCUGUCGUGGAUGCCCUUUGAAUUCAGUUAUACUCGAGGACUGGGGUGUAACAAAUCGAUUUAUUUUGGAUGUCCUUUGAAUUCAGGUUAAACUCGAGGACUGGGGUGUAACAAAUCGAUCUGCCGUGGAUGUUCUUUGAAUUCAGGUUAUACUCGAGGACUGGGGUGUAACAAAUCGAUUUAUCUUGGAUGUCCUUUGAAUUCAGGUUAUACUCGAGGACUAGUGUGUAAUAAAUUAAUCUAUCUGCCACGGA